AUGGUGGGCCGGAAGAAUAUGCGCAACAGCCCGCAGACCGACGACUCACGCGUGACCUAUACUCCUACCACACAUCGCAUUAGCAAGGCCAAGAAAGGCAAGCGCGUACAUGCGUGCGAGUUCCCCGGAUGCACCAAGGUCUUCACCAGAGCCGAGCACCGCAGACGUCACGAACUAAACCACAACCCGGAAGCUUCCUACCACUGCACACAAUCAGGAUGCAACAAGUCCUUCCACCGACCCGAUCUACUUGCGCGUCACAUCGAAAGACAUGAACUGGAUUCGCAAACGGAGCCACCUACAUGGACACUCAGCCAAGAAACUAUCACCGAAUCCUCGAUCCCGCGCUGCAUGUCAAUUGACCAUGGAAUGACUAUGACCGCAACCUCUCAGCCUCACAACAUGUCCAUCGGAUCUCUAGUGGCUCCUGGUAUACAUCCUGAUUUGGUCAACGACUGUUCACUCAUGUGGAGCGGCGUCGACCUUCCUCUCCAGCCCCGGCCAACAUUUCAGAACCAACUCCCCGAGUCUACAGACGAUAGCCCUUUCUACUCCUCCCCCGCAGAGACCUGCCCCUCGCCUCUGUCCGAUGCGACUUUCUCUCUCCCUCCUCACUCCAGCUCCUCCAUAUCCUCUGCUUCAAUCUCAGUUAUCGACCAAUACCCGAAGAACAUUCUCAAGGGCGAUAUUACUUCCUCUCCGUUGCAAAUGCACACUCCGCUCCGCUGGGACGCCGAUGCCGGCCUACCUCCCACCAACAUGUCCGCUAUCUCCAUGGGGGAGAACAUGAUCCAUCCACCCGUUCAAUGCCACUACCCAUCUCCAUCUUGGUCUGGCACCGACUUCUCAUACGAUGACCAGCUUCCAUCCAUGCAACAUUUCCAGCCCGUGAGCUGGACCAUAUAA